AGAAAACCAAAUCUUGAAAGAAAGAAAAAGAGCAGGAAAUAGAAAGGAAAAUGGAAUCAAGAUCAUAAGGAGGGGUAACGGAGGUUGGUCAGAUAAUUGAAAAAACGAGACGGAGGGAUCAAAUCUAAUGGACAACAAAGAGUUCCAGUUUACGAAGUUCAACCAAUCCCAGGUCUCCCUCGCUCAACUCAAAUAAACAUAUUCGGCAUUCUUCAGGCGAGUGGCGAACUAAUUUUGUAUGUAUAAUAAUGCACGCCCACUAACACAGGCAUUCUAUCAGAUUGAAUGGGUAACUUCAGUGUAUUUUCAGUCAGUGCGGGUGUAUUCUAUCUCUUAAACAUGUUAGUUGGUCUUUGCCAGAUAUGUUCCUUAAGGUUAAAAAAAAUCUAAUUCUGGGUUUCUGUUUUUCUUUCAAGUCAUUCUGAUCACCACUGAUUAUUGAACUAUCCAGCCCUAUUUCUUGAAUUACUUAGCUUUUAAGUAAGCUUGAUUUCUUAGAGGUUGAUCAGAGGUCAAAGCUCUCAAGCUUAAUUUUUUCGGAACAUAUUUGAAAGAAAGGGCUGAAAUGCUAAUAUCAGCAGAAAGCUCUCAACUUUUAAGCCCUGGAUUAGUUAAAAAUUGUGUUCAUGUUUUUCUUAUUAUAUGUUGCAUUUUUUGCUUUGUCUAAUUUAGUUAUCCUUUAGCAAUCUUCUAGAGGAGAUUAUUUUAUUUCUUUUCUUCAGUUGUCUUUUAAAGAUGUGUGAAUUUGUAGUUUACCGGAUUCCCCUUUCCAGAAAUAGGAUCGGUUAUUUUUCUCCAGAUUAUUUUUCAGUUUCAGGCAUUACAAACUAGUAUGCCAACAAAUGUGAAGAGAGAGAUAUUCAUACAUAUGUAGGGAAACCCAUUCUAACAACAAAAGCAUAAAAACGUCAUACAUGACGAAGCUGCAAUUGCAUACAAUCCAAUAUGUGAAAAGAUUGGUUGAUAUGUAUUGAAGAAGAUGGUUAUUGAAAACCUGCAUGAAGAGAAGGGAAAAUGCGCUUCCAUGGGAACAAAACUUCGGGGAACAACGUCGAAUAAAACUCGACUGCCCCAACAAAAGUCUGCAUUGACUGGCAAAAUACGGAAGUUUCAGUUAGUUGAAUGCAAGAAACGUGAGAAAACUGAGGACAUUGCCACUGGAUCUGGUAGACUAAAGAAAAGGAAAAGGGCAAAGAGAAGGAAGCAAAAUGCAGAGCAUGAUGAAGUUUCUCGUUUGCAAAGACGGACUAGGUACCUCUUAAUAAAAAUGAAACUGGAGCAGAACCUUAUUGAUGCUUAUUCCACAGAAGGUUGGAAGGGCCACAGUCGGGAAAAAAUUAAGCCUGAAAAAGAACUUGAGAGGGCAAAGUUGCAAAUACUGAAGUGUAAGCUUGAGAUAAGGGAAGCAGUUCGCCAACUGGAUUUGCUGAGGUUACCAGGGCACAUUGCUAAUGAAGUCAUUGCUCCUGAUGGUUCUGUCCACCAUGAACAUAUAAUAUGUGCAAAAUGUAAAUUGCGUGAUGCUUUCCCUGAUAAUGAUAUCAUACUUUGUGAUGGACCAUGUAACUGCGCUUUCCAUCAAAAAUGUCUUGAUCCUCCACUAUCAACAGAAAACAUUCCUCCAGAAGAUGAGGGAUGGUUUUGCAAUUUGUGCAAGAUCAGGAUGGAAAUUAUUGAAGCUACCAAUGCUCAUCUUGGCACCCAUUUUGCUAUGGACAGUAAUUGGGAGGAUAUCUUCAAGGAAGAAGCUGCUUUGCCCAAGGAUGAUGGGAAUUCAUCCCUUUACCCUGAACAUGAAUGGCCAUCUGAUGACUCAGAAGAUGAUGACUAUGACCCUGAAAAGAUUGAGAAUAGCAGCAGCAAGAGUACUAAUAACCACGAAUCUGGUGUUUCGGAUGAUGGAGGGAGUUCAAGCAGUUUGGGCUCACUUGAGGACGAGCCAUUAUGUGGAAGGCAACAGAAAAGAAUCAGAUUUAGAAACCAAUCUGCUGAAGUCAUGGGUAGGCUUGAUUCCAAUGAGAUGACUGAUUGUGAGGUCAUAAACAUCCCUAGACAGAGAACAACUGUUGAUUAUAUAAAGCUAAAUGAUGAAUUAUUUGGUAAGAAUCCUCCUGUCAAUGAACAAAACAGUGAAGAUGAAGAUUGGGGCCCGAAAAGAAAGCAUAAGAAAAGGGAGUUUGAAUCCGACGCAGCAAACACUCUUAUGACUCUCUGUGAAAAUGAGAAUGAAAGUAGAUCUCCCAAAGUAGCAAAACAAUUAAGCAAAACAACUGAACGAUCUAUAUUCAGAAUUCCUCUUAAUGCAGUUGAGAAGCUUCGCCUUGUGUUUGCUGAAAAUGAACUUCCAUCUAGAGCACAAAAGCAAAACCUUUCAAAGCAGUUAGGUCUUGACUCUGAAAAGGUGAACAAGUGGUUUAAGAAUGCUCGUUAUUUUGCAUUGAAAGGUAGGAAGUCCGAGAAAGCAAAUCCAAGUAAAGUUGUUAGUCCUAUAGCGUCAGAGGAAUGUCCUGCAAAUACAGGGAAAGGCAAAACUACAAAGAAAUUUGCCUCACAAGGUGUGAAUGCUGAAAUUACAGUUCAAGUGCCAAAGAAUCUGAAAAGAACCCAUAGGAGAAAUAGUGCAAACAUGCUCAUUUGCAAAUCAAAGAGAGGGCAGCUAAGAAAAGCAUUACAGCAUCAAGAAGGAAACUGCAAGGCAACGGUAUAUUAUGGUGAAGAUCCCCUUAAACUUCCGAGAGAGCUCGUGAAGGCCAAAAGAGGACUAUGUUGCCAGAGAAAAGAUGGAGAGCUGGAAGCUGAAGCUGAAAUGGAAAGGCUCUAUAAAAUCAAGGAGAAGGUGGAAAGGCUGCAACAGCUAGUUCUAUCUGGAAUUCAUAGUGUUAACAUAACAGAAUCAAGUCCUCCUUCAUUUAUGUAUGUACCUGUUGCAGAGCUAAAAGUGAAAACAUAAAAAACACUCUAUAAUAUUCAAGGGAUAAUUCCCUUUUGAUAUAAAAAAAAGUUUAGAUCUCCCCAUUUGGUAUAGAUUCCCAUAUAAUUUUAUUAUAUACAUCACUCGCAAAUCUAUUUUCCCAAG